AAAAAAACAACUCCUCAGUGGCGACCCCCCCCCCCCCUACCUUCUGAGCGAGUUCCCGCACUGCGGAAAACUCGAAUCCUAUAUUCAACUUCACGCGGAAUCGAUUGAUACUACUUUCAACGACGUUCUCCCCAGUUGUCGCUGACAAUGGGGGGUGCAAAGAAGAAAGGGGUGGUCGGAGCCGCAUCUCCGUGGCCCAACUGCUCGUACAAUCAUAAAGACCACAACGAAGGCGCCCAUGCAGCUGCCAUUCUCACAGAAACAGCAGAGCUGAAGCAAAUUGCUGACCGGACCCAGGGGCUACCCCCCCAGGAUCUAUUCAUCCGGUUUAUGAGUUCAGUUGAAGAUCUUGCAGCAAAGGUGCGCGACCGUGCCAGCAACAAUGGCAGUGAAAACCAUGAUGGCCAGAAAGAAGUACUCCAACAGAUCCAAGAUAUGUUUGAUAAGCAGACAGAGGAAAUGAAAGCUCUACAGUACUCAAUGCAGUCCCUGAAAGCAACCAAUAGCCCCCCAGCAUCUAACCCCUCCGGCCAUGCAAACUCUUAUCGGGAUGCGGCUCUAGCAAGUCACCUGACAUCAACAAAGU